UUAUGUUUAAUAAUCUGUUUUUUAAAACAAACAGAUUCAAUCACAAGGAAGCAGAUGGAAGCAGUAAAUUUUGUGCUCGGGGAAGAGAUGGACAAAAUUAAGCGCCUUGAUCAGAAUGAUUUUCAAACGAACCAUAUGAAGAUGCUUGAAAGAAAAUGGCGAAUCAUCCAACGCCUACAAGGUGAAAAACCAAAUAUUAAUGCCGGUGCCGAAGAUAUUGCAAAGAUAAAUGCCGAAGAUGAAGCGUUCUGGACUAGGGUUAUUCAUAAAUCAGAAGAACCGGCGACUGAUUACCUCGGUCGUCCACUUGGCCUAAUCUCAGCAGAAGAGCUUGCGAAUAUGAUUGCGGAAGAUAAGGCGUGGGGUAUGAAUAAGGUCGUUGGCACAAGUCAUGAUUAAAAAGGCGUCUAAAAUGCUACCUAAUCGCAGAACUCUGA